AUGACGUGUGAUGAUCUUAUUGUAGUUGCUUGUUGUUUGCAUAAUUUACUACGAGAAGCAUAUUUAGAAGAGAAUGGACAAGCAUUUUUUGAGGAACGUGAUUCAAGUACAACACUACAAACAAACAACCUAAUACCAAUAACAAGAGGUGGUGGUUUUACAAAUGCAGAAGGUUUUUUAGUUCGAGAUUCUUUUAAGGAUUUUUUUAACAAUGAAGGAUCUGUGUCAUGGCAGGAAGACAAAUAA